CUCAUCAUUAUUGGCAUCUCUUUCCAAGUGUUCCAUGGAAGCGAAGAGAAGUAGCACCGUAUCUGGCGUAGUGGUAGCAUUUCUCUUGGGAGUGCUAUUUGUCUCUCCCUUGAUCAACGCUAAAAGCUUCGAUUUCUUCCUCCUAGUUCUCAUGUGGCCUGGAGCAUACUGUUCUCAAUCAACUUGUUGCAUGCCAACAACAGGACCACCGAAGAAUGACUUCUUUGUUAGGGGCUUGUGGACCUAUAACAGCGACACCGGGGAGGCCGUUACCAAGUGCAAUGGUACUUCCUUUGAUGUGAAACAGCUCUCUAGUUUGAUGGAUGACCUCCAUUCGUAUUGGAGCAAUAUCAAGUGCCCCAGCAACAAUGGAAUAGGUAACUGGAAGAGCACAUGGAAGACGUAUGGGGUGUGCUCCGGCAUGAACGAGACUGCUUACUUCGAAACCGCGCUCCAGCUCAGGACCAGGGUGGACCCACUCUACCUCCUAAACAAGAAUGGUAUCCUGCAGUCAUCCUGGAAGCUAUAUGACAUCAGCGAUAUCGAGAGCGCCAUCGCAGAGGGGAUCAAAGCAACUCCGGUGCUUCGCUGCAGCAAGGGACCAUGGGGCUACUUCCAGCUCUACGAGAUCUACAUUUGCGUCGACAAGGAUGGCAAGUCGAUCAUCGAAUGCCCUGUCAAGCCACGGUUCACAUGCUACCGCAAAGUUCUUUUCUAUCCAUUUGACAAUGAACAGCCCCACAACAUCUCCACUGCUAAUCCCAUUCAGAUGCCAAUCUCUGUGGAAUGAUUAGAAGAUGUGAUUUUAGAGGAGCAGCACCCUUUCGGUACUCUUUCUUUUCCUUUCCACUUUGGUUCAGAGUUUGUUUGAUCCAUGGUGUACUUCCCUUUGGAAUAAAUAAAGCCCCCAGUUUAUCUUCA